UGCACUUAUGUUUGUUUUUAUAUCUUAUUUUCAUUGCUUAUAAAGAGUGCAAGUAAAAAAGCCGCAAAAAUGUAUAUUUUGACAAUUUCUUCUAUAACAUUUUUGACAUUCUUGUAUUGUGAAUUUUUGGCGGACUUUUUACAACUCUCGCGGUGUCGAUGGCCAACCUUUAAAACUAAAAGCUUAAAAACCGAAAAUGAACUAAGGGCCAUGAUAAUUGCAGACACCCAUCUAAUUGGCCCCGUAAAUGGCCACUGGUUAGACAGAUUAUAUAGGGAAUGGCAUAUGCAUCGGAGUUUUCAGGCCUCUAUGCGUCUCUUCGAACCCGAUGUUGUUUUUGUGUUGGGUGAUCUCUUCGAUGAAGGGGAUUUUGUAAAUAGUCAUGAUUUUGAACAAUAUGUCGAACGCUUCCAUCGUAUUUUUAAGACACCAAGUAAUGUGUCCAUUAUUAGUGCUGUGGGCAAUCAUGACAUUGGUUUCCAUUAUAAAAUGGAUAGAAGUUUCAUUAACCGCUUUUCCAAACAUUUCAACAACACUGGUGUAGAAAUUUACACAAUCAAAGGAAAUCAUUUUGUUAUGAUUAAUUCUAUGGCUAUGCAAAAUGAUGGAUGUGGUUUUUGUAAUACGGCACUGCGUGAUUUAAAUAGUAUAUCCGAAAAACUAAAAUGCCUCAAAAAUAAAGAUCGCUGCGAAGAUAAUGAAGUUCUACAAAAACACAAAACUUACAAUCGUCCAAUUUUGAUGCAACAUUUUCCCACCUAUCGAAAAUCGGAUGCCGUUUGUAGAGAACAUGAUGCACCUAGCAUUGAGUUAUUUCGCGAAAAUUGGGAGGUGCUCUCAAAAGAAUCCACAGAUUUAAUAGGCAAACUCCUAACGCCGCGAGUUGCUUUCGCUGGUCACAGCCAUCAUUAUUGCUUGAAUAUAAAUCGUUUUGGCAUAGAAGAAUAUACAGUAGCUUCUUUCAGUUGGCGCAAUAAAGUAGAGCCGAGCUUCUUGCUGGCUUCUUUUAGCGGCUCGUCCUACACUGUCUCUAAAUGCAAUAUGUUAGCGCAAAUGCAUGUCUACAAUACAUACAUAGCGGUUGCGACAAUAUUAAUAGCAACAAUUAUUUUUCAAAUAUCACGAAAAUUCUUGAGUAUAAGUAAAAAAGCUUGAAACCCUCUUUACCAAUAAGGUAUUAUGAACGAAAAUGUUUAGAAA